UCGCCAACCAUCCCCACCCCCCCCCACACGCCGCAUUGCACCACCCCCUCCCUCCUUCGCGCCAAGAAAGCAAGCACCCACCCACCGUGAGGCCAUGGCCAGCACCGCGUCGUCGCUGUCGGCCGUCGCGGCGCCGCGGGCGCUGUCCGUCGCGGGGCUCAAGAAGCCGCUGGGAGCCUCGUCGUUCCAGGCCCUGCCGGUGAGGGCGAGGCCCGCGGCGAGGAUGGCCGUCCGGGCGUCGGCGUCGUCCAUGAGGGAGAGGGCGACGGCCGGGCUGACGGCCGCGGCCAUGGCGGCGGUGAUGGUCCUCCCCGACGUCGCGGAGGCCGCGCAGGGCGCGCUGACGCCGUCUCUCAAGAACUUCCUGCUCAGCAUCGUGUCCGGCGGGGUCGUGCUCGUGGCCAUCGUCGGCGCCGUCGUCGCCGUCUCCAACUUCGACCCCGUCAAGCGGACCUGAUCGUCCUCUUGCUCUACUUCUUCACGGACAUGCCCUCGCUGCCUUGUAUCAAGAUCAUCUCUUUGCAGUGUUGUUUUGGAGAUUUGUGUAAACUGAUUUUACGAUAUCAAAAUGGAGUCGAAUUGCCAUAUAUUUUGUGCUUGACA